GACAACCAAAGCAGCGUCGAAUCUUUGCGACAGGCCUUCUCAAUCAUUCAUCACGGCGUCCUCCACUGUUUCCAAACUCAAUACAUCCCAUACCAUGUCUCCCCGAAACGUGAACGUGUUGGUCACUAGCUUUGCUGGUCUAGGACUACCACCGACCCUCGUUCUUCCUCUAUCACCAUCGACAACAGUUACAGAACUGCGCGAACGCAUAGACGAUCGACUCCCAACGACUCAGUCAAGACUCAUUCUCACCACACUAUCCAACAAGCAACUUCCAGCCUCAUCAGACUCUCCCAUCUCCAACUAUCUAUCCACUGUCGACGAUGAAUUUCUUUCCUUGCGACUCGCUGUUCCCCUUUGUGGUGGCAAAGGUGGUUUCGGAUCUCAACUGCGAGCCGCAGGUGGUCGCAUGUCCUCUCGCAAAAAGAAGAGCCAAGAGGACCACGGAUCUAGCCGAAAUCUGGAUGGGCGACGACUGCGUACUGUAAAUGAGGCUAAGGCUUUGGCCGAGUAUCUAGCUAUCAAGCCCGAGAUGGAGAAGAAGGAGAAAGAGAAGCGCCGUGAACGUUGGGAACAAAUCGUUCAAAUGUCGGAGCAGAAGGAGGCUGAGAUUAAGUCAGGCAGCAGGAGCCGCCUCGACGGUCAGUGGGUUGAGGACAAGGAAGAGAGCAGUGAGCGAACCCGAGAGGCUGUUCUAGCUGCUAUGAAGGCUGGUAACUACAAAGACAACUUGCUUGGCAUAUCUCACGAUUCAGGCUCUACACAACCGAGCAACGACCAAUCCGGUUCAGAUGAGGACAAGGGUACAUCGUCAGAGCAAUCAACGCCGCCACCCAUCGAAGAAGCCAAGGCCGACAAGGGCAAGGGCAAGGGCAAAGCUACGGCAUUUUUUGGAUUCGAUGAGGACGAUGAAUUUAUGAGUUCAGACGAUGAGGGUGAGGAAAAGUGAUGGGUGUGGUCAACAUGAUCAUGAAAGGGGAUUGGCCGUUACGACUUAUACUGGCCAAUCGCAAUAGCUAUUUUUUGGAUUACGGAGUAUGGAAUCAUGGAGUAUUAUCGGGAAGAUGAAUUACCAGCGCUUUUGCAUGAGCCUCACAUAGCUAAAAUGAUAUCAAUA